GGCUCCAACAUCACUGACCACCGUCCCAGACAGCACACAGCCCAGUCGGACAAACUGUGGUCUGCCUGUGAGGUAGUCAGUGAUCAAGGAGACGGUGGACAUAUAAAGUGAAUACCAAAUAAUAAAGUGAACAUAAAAAAAUAUAUACAUUGAGACAACAUACAGUAUAUUAAGAAAAACUAUCAUUCCAUAUUUAUCAGAACUUGGACAUAGAGAGUCUUAAAGGAGACUCUUAAAGGAGAGGAAGGAGAGAGUUCAGCUUCCUAACAGCCUGCUGGACGAAGCUGUUUGAAAGUCUGGUGGUGCGACCACGGGGGCUCCGGUAUCUUCUCCAAGAGGACAGGAGGCUGAAGAGACUGUGAGGGGUGGCUGGAGUCGCUCACCAUCAUGGUCACUCUGCGGGUGAGGCGGGUGUCAUAUAUGUCCUGCAGGGAGGGCAGUGAGGCACCGAUGAUCCUUCCAGCUGUGUUCACUAUGCAGGGCUUUCCUAUUGUAGUCAGUGCAGCUUCUGCCCCACACAGUGAUGUAGUUUGUCAGGAGGCUCUCAAUGGUGCCUCGGUAAAAAGGGCACAUGAUGGGUUCUUGCUUUCUUAAGUUUUUGGAGGAAGUAAAGGCGCCUCUGGGCUUUCUUUACCAGUGAUGUUGUGUUGGCUGUCCACGAGAGGUCCUCACUGAUGUCCACCCCCAGGAAUUUGGUGCUGCUCACUCUCUCUACAUCAGCACCAUUGAUGGUCAGUGGUGGGUGUUUAGUGGGGCCUCUCCAGAAGUCGACAACAAUCUUCUUGGUUUUCCUGUUAUUCAGAAGGAGGUUGUUGUCUCCGUACCACGUGGUCAGAAGGCUGACUUCCUUCUUAUAGUGGGUCUCAUCAUCCUUGCUGAUGAGACCGACCAGAGUUGUGUCAUCUGCAAAUUUCUCCUUGUGAUUGGUGCUAUAGGUUGUUGAGAAGUUGUGAGUCAGCAGGGUGAAGAGCAGUGGACUGAGCACACUGCCCUGAGGGGCCCCUGUGCUCAGUGUGAUGCUGAUCGAGGUGUUGUUGCCCACAUGUACUGCUUGGCCUCUCACUGAGGAAGUCCAGCAGCCAGUUACACAGCGAGGUUCUGAGCCCCAGCUGGUCAAGUUUACAGAUGAGUUGUUGUGGGACUAUGUUGUUGAAUGCUGAACUAAAGUCUAUGAACAGCAUUCUCACAUAUGAGUAUUGUGUGUCCAGGUGGGUAAGGGCUGGGUGGAGAGCAGAGCAGUUUGCAUCCUCCGUGGACCAUUUGGCACGGUAUGCAAACUGGAAAGGGUCCGGGGUGGGCGGAAGAAUGGAUUUGAUGUGUGACAUGACUAGCCUUUCAAAGGUAGUAUAUGCUUCAAUGUAUAUUGAUAAACUAUAAGAGUCAAGUCAGCAAGAAAAUUAUAGUGUAUACCCUACAAGUGUGAUGACACAAAGUUGGAAUUACUUGUUACAUUUUCAGUCAGCACUACAUAUGAGCUUUAAAUGAAUCUCUGCGCUCCCUUAUGCAAAGACACACACACACACACACCAGUCCCUUUAGGUAACUGUAUCGUGGAAAGUGAUUUCCUACUUUAGACAGCCCUUAAGCCCUUACAUGGAAAGAGCUUCGGUUGGAUCAGAUCCACAGAGGCAAAUGAGUCCUGCUGGUGUAUGUCAGAUCUGGUUGAUGAAUGGGCAAAAGCAGUGCACUUGCUGGCAUCUCUUCACCUCACAACACCCUGUCUAACAACAUAAAUAACACCUAUCAUUUUUCUUUUUACCCAGACGUGUAAAGGGUUAAAAGAGGUGCUGUGUUAAGGUCUUUACUCAGAUGUCAACAUCUGCCCCAAGCUAAAGCAGACAGGCUAGCUGUCAGAUAGGCAUGUGCUAUUAUUCCAAACUGAGUGUCUUUAAGACUGCAUGGGGGGGAGGAAUUAUACAGUAGAGCUCAUUAGCUAAAUGGGUCAAGUGGGUCAAUGCAGGCAGUCAGUGGUCCAAAGUGAGAGAGUAGAAAUGUCUUAGGCAUGUCUGAGCUCAUCUCCACUUUCAGCCACUUUGCAGUCUUCAUCUUGAUCUCAUUUGGUCCUUUGCUCUUUUCAACUCAGCUGUUUCUCACUGGCACUAGUCUAUCACCAUUAUAAACUUCAUUGGGAACUUGUUCUCAAAGAUUAUGCUAUCUAGAGCUUUAAAUAGUUACUAAUAAUGCUGUUGAUGUGAGUUCAAAUACAAGGCAGAGUCUCCCUGUUUUAUUUGAUUGAGGGACUAGAUUCUAGCGUAAAUAACUAACAGCUCACAACUCUUCAUUUUAUCACAGUCCUGUGUCCACCGGAAUUUAUAAUCUGGGCUGUGACAUGUUCCAGUACUUGUAAUUGACUUAUCUAUUUAUUCAACCAGGACUGCUUUUUACAAUUACAUUUGGGAAACCUUUACCAAAACUUGACAGGAACUGACCCAGCUUGAUUUAAAAACAUUUGUGUACAAAAUGGAGUUACUGGAGUGAGAAUACUUGCAAUCACAGCAAUCACAGCAUUAUGCAAAAAAGUACAAAAAGUGGACGUUUGGUUUAGGAGGUGAUUUUAGAGGUUCCUGCCAUUGACCUCUUCUUCGUGUAUGUGUAGGUGAGAAUUAACCGGGGGUUGGGAUACUGUGCUGGUCCCACACAAACAGAGCCAGAGAGGCUCACAUUACACUGACUCUGGCAGUGCGUGGUUUAAAAUAGAGUGGUUGUCAACUCCUCCUUGCACAAAUCCAUUUAUUUUGGGGGAAGCACAUAGGGGGAGGGACUGGCAAAAAGAUGGGCUAGAGAUCAGUGUCUAGCUUUGGCCAAUACCCUUGGUCGUGCAUAUACUCUGGCUGCAUCAGCAUGGUGGAGAUACUAGAGGUAUUGGACAGAAUUUGUAAAAACAUGUUUUAACAAUGGUCCAGUGGCUCAGAAUAAUGAUUAUGAAGCCCAAAGUCUGAUGCCUCACUAGUGCCACCUACUUGCUGCAAUGUUCAUAGCAAUUCACAAUAGGAUUAUGUUGGAGAGAAUGCAGAUCAAAGUGAUGGUUUAGCUAUGCCUAAAGCUAAGUGUUUGUCCUUAGGGCAGUGAACAGUGCAAUGGAUUAAAGGAUUCCGGGUGGAGGGGAAAUCAUGCAAAUUGCAUGUGAAUGUGCUUUUUAGAUCAUGGGAUAUCUCAGGUCAGUGUCUCUCGGAAUAAGAUCCCUUUGAAUUAUUGUGAAUGUUCAAUACUGGCAUUGAACGUCAAUGCAGGAAGUAGAGUAACCUGACCUAAAGUAGAUAGUAAUGGAGUCUGUCCUCUGUAAAAAAAAGUCAUUUUUCAGUUGUCGAACAAUAUAAAUAUAAAGACUAGAGAGAGGACGAGGCCCAUCUGUAUUGUCUGACAAUUUGUGUAACUGGUUUGUGAAACUGACAAUCUGACAUUGACAUUCACUUCACACGGGGACUGGCCAGGUGUAUGAAGGUGGACACACAACUUCUUGUGCUACUUCUGCACUUUCUAUAUGUUCAAGUGAGUGCAACGUUGUGCAUGUCUUCACGGAGAGACUUUUAUUGAGAGACAUGUUAUCCCCAUUUGAUCCAUUGAUAUGUGUUGCCCCUCUCUCAGACAGCAGGCCGUUCACCCUGUCCAUUUGGAGCAGCUAUAAAUACUUUUGUCUUUAGGCGUGGUUGGAUGACACUUUGUAUGAAGUAGUUUGUUUCAAGCACCAGCAUUAAGGUCAGUCUAGUGGAUGGUUGAGGAGCAGUCUAUCUUAACUUCCAGAGUUAACAUGCCAUCACAGAUGAGCAAUCAAUGUUAGCCUUUUGUAACCUUAACUUUAAUGAUGAUCUUUCCCUGCUGUUUUAGCUGUCUGACCUAAACACAUCUUAACCAGAGUGUAUUGACCAUAGUCAUGGUCUCCCUCAAACUGUAAGAGUUCUGUAUUGUUUCUGGAUGGAUAUUUUGAAAUUGAGAAAAAGAAAAUUAUAAUCUCAUGUUUUGCAGAAUGUUAUAAAACCAUGCUGGAUAUCUUGCGUGUUAAGUUAUAAUUUUCACUUGAAAUGGACCAUGACCAUGCUUUCCAUUGUGGAAGCAUGGCUUGCUUUCAAAAUGGAAAUGAUGGUAUUAUGAGAAGCAACAAUGUAAUGAUGCAUGGAUUCAGGGGGUCACAACAAAGUAUUAGGAUGCAUCCUCUUAGAACCAUGAAUAUUCAAGGAAAAAUCAUAGAAAUCCAAAGAGAUACAUUGUUCGAAUGGAGGGUUGAUGUUAGGGAAAUGCUGGACUGGAGAGCAGUCAUUCCCAAAGACUCGGUCGGGAACCACAGAUAUUUUAUUAGGUUGGGUAAAUAUAUUUGCAGAACUUUUACUUAAUAUUGAUAUCUGCAGUACACCUCUGACCAACAUAAGGGAGUCUGAAUCUUUGUAUUGUGUUCAAUAAUUGUACCUAACUUUGAAUUUAAUAUGAAAGGCAAGCAUAACUUCGGUUUUUUUUUUAGGAGGACAAAAACAAGAGCCUGUUAACUCUUAAUAAAUGUAUUUAUUUGGUCUCAUUUAUAAUAUCAGGAUUUAUUAAUCGUCUCUCUCCUCUGGUUUACCUCUUCAAGAUAAUAUAGGGUUAUGCUCAAAUGGUAGUAAAAAAUUGUCAGGAUCCUUAAUUUACUCGCAAUAUAGAUAAUGUCCAUUGGGAAUUGUGGGUCCCAAAAGUUUGGGAAACACUUUUAGUCACUUAAAUUAUUAAUAAUCAUUCUCAGGGAGAAGAAACAUCUAUACCAAAUGCCACAGUACUUAUUGAGAUACCUCACUCUGGACCACAGCAUUGGGAGAAUGGACCAACUUACCCUCCCAAAUGAUCUGCCAACAUUGUUAUACCUCGGCCCUGCUGCUAGUGGGGGAAAUGUUCAGCUAACUUCUUCAAAACUUAGAUAUGUCACGAUAUGGUCAUCAUGGCUUGGGCAAAAUUCUUCUCUGGUCCCCUUUAGAGUUUAGCUUGAACAUUUGUUCUAAAGUUAAACUUGAACAUUUGAUGAUGAUGGCAAAGAAAGC